AUGGGCGCGUGAGCUGGCCGGUUUGUGAGAGCUGGCUGCGUGAUCUCGUCCAGAAGCACCCUUUUGUCAUUUCGGUGGCUUUGAGGGCAGGUUGCAGAGGAAGCCUAGACGGUCGGCAGCUCUGAGGAAAGAAAUGCAGGAUGGCUGAGGCGAAGAAAAGAGCCGAUCUCAGUGAAGCCAUGUCCCUGGAGGGAGAUGAAUGGGAGCUGAGUAAAGAAAAUGUACAACCUUUAAGGCAGGGACGGAUCAUGUCCACACUUCAGGGAGCUCUGGCACAACAGGAAUCUGCCUGUAACAGUGCUCUUCAACAGCAGAAACGGGCAUUCGAAUCUGAAAUUCGAUUUUAUGCUGGAAAUGACCCUCUGGAUGUUUGGGAUAGGUAUAUUAACUGGACAGAGCAGAGCUAUCCUCAAGGUGGGAAGGAGAGUAAUAUGUCAACAUUGUUAGAAAGAGCUAUUGAAGCACUACAAGGAGAAAAACGUUAUUAUAGUGAUCCUCGAUUUCUCAACCUCUGGCUGAAAUUGGGGCAUUUGUGCAAUGAGCCUUUGGAUAUGUAUAGUUAUUUACACAACCAAGGGAUUGGCAUUUCACUUGCUCAGUUCUAUAUUUCAUGGGCUGAAGAAUAUGAAGCUAGAGAAAACUUUAAGAAAGCAGAUAUGAUAUUUCAGGAAGGGAUUCAACGGAAUGCAGAGCCUUUAGAAAGACUGCAGUCCCAGCACAGACAAUUCCAAGCCCGAGUGUCUCGGCAGUCUCUCUUGGCACUUGAGACAGAAGAAGAGGAAGAAGUUUUUGCAUCUUCUGUGUCACAACGAAGCACACUAGCCGAACUAAAGAGUAAAGGAAAAAAAACAGCAAGGGCUCCAAUCAGCCGUGUAGGCAGUGCCCUCAAGUCACCAAACCAAAGUAGGAAACUCCAAAAUCCAGUUCCUCAGAGGAUGCAAAGCAAUUGUAGAGUUACUGUCUUUGAUGAAAAUGCUGAUUUGGCUUCUAGAACAGAGCUGUGUAAGCCUACAGUCCAGCCAUGGAUGGCCCCCCCACCCCCGAGAGCCAAGGAGAAUGAGCUGCAAGCAGGCCCCUGGCACAAGAGGGCCUUGGAUCGCAAGCCUCAUGGCAGCACAGCUUCUGUGACAGCUGUAACCCCUAUGCUCCCCAGUUUUACUCCGUAUGUGGAAGAGACUGCACAACAGCCAGUCAUGACACCAUGUAAAAUUGAGCCUAGUAUAAACCAUAUACUAAGCACCAGAAAGCCUGGAAGGGAGGAAGGGGAUCCCCUGCAAAGGGUUCAGAGUCAUCAACAAGAGUGUGAGGAAGAGAAAGCGAAGGUGAUGUAUUGUAAAGAGAAGAUUUAUGCAGGAGUUGAAGAGUUUUCUUUUGAAGAAAUCCGGGCUGAAGUUUUCCGGAAGAAACUGAAGGAACAAAGGGAAGCUGAGCUAUUGAGCAGUGAACAGAAGAUAGCAGAAAUGAAGAAGCAGAUUGAAGAGAUGGAGAAAAAACUAAAAGAAAUCCAGAAUACUCAAGAAGAAAAAGAAGGUGAUCAGGAAGAAGAAAGGGUGCGUGCAAAGGAGACAGGUGAACAGCAAAUUGCAUCCAAAUUUCAGGAAAUACCGACAAUGGCUCCAUCCACAGUGGCUCCAUCCGGUUCUAUUUGUCUUGGGGCAACUUCACCUGCAGACAGCGUUUGGCAAGAGCAACCUCACUCCAAAGGUUGCAGUAUACCUUUCUCCAUUUUUGAUGAGUUUCUUUCAGAAAAGAAGAAUGAAAGUCCUGCAGAUCCUGCACGGGUUCUGGCCCAGCGAAGACCUCUUGCGAUUCUCCAGUCUGUAGCAAACAUCACUGCAAGUGAGGAUGUUUCUCCAGAUGUUUGUGAUGAACUUACAGGAAUUGAGCCCUUGAGUGAGGAUGCCAUUAUCACAGGUUUCCGGAAUGUGACUAUUUGUCCUAACCCUGAAGAUACUUGUGACUUCACUAGAGCAGCCCGUUUUGCAUCCACUCCUUUUCAUGAGAUAAUGCCCUUGAAGGAGCUCUCUUCUGGUCCUGAGAGGCAGUUGCAGGAGGAGGAUCUAGAUGCAAAGACCUCAGAGGACCAGCAUACUGCAUGUGGCCCUAUGUAUAAUCCAGCCCUCAGCAUCAAGAAGCUAAGCCCAAUUAUUGAAGAUAGUCGUGAAGCCACACACUCUUCUGGCUUCUCUGGGUCUUCUGCCUCGGUUACAAGCGCCUCCUCCAUCAAAAGUCUUCAGAUUCCUGAGAAGCUGGAGCUCACCAGUGAGACCACAGGUGGGAUCGUGCAGCUGACGAGCACACAGUCAGAUCCAGAAAGUCCUGUUCAGUCACCCUGGUGUCCACAGUAUCGUAGACAACUGCUAAAAUCCCCGCUAGAGUUAAGUACGCCUGCAGGCUUCUUUGUAGAAGAUAGACCAAUGCCUAAGUUGGAGGUAGAGAAGGCAAUUGAAUUAGCAGGUAAUGAAGAUUAUUGUAUUAAACAAGAGUAUCUAACAUGUGAAGAUUACAAGUUAUUCUGGGUGGCCCCAAGCAACUCUUCAGAGUUAACCAUAAUAAUCUACGAUCCGUAUGAGUGUAAUAAGAACAGUCAAGCUUUGAAGAUAAUGGACUUUUCCUACAGUGUUGACCUUAGAGUGCAGCUGGACAUUUGUACUCUCAGUGGCUUUCGGACCAUUCAGAUCCUAGGACAAAAGAUCCUGGCUAAGUGUUCUUCUCCUUACCAAGUAGACCUGUUUGGCAUAGCAGACAUAGCGCAUUUACUUUUGUUCAGCGAGCACCUGCAGGUCUCCUGGGAUGGGUCCCACUGCAAACUUAGCCAUAAUACUUCUGAGCUAAAAGAUGGUGAAAUGUGGAAUAAAUUCUUUGUGAGGAUUUUGAAUGCCAGCGAUGAGCCCACCGUGUCCGUUCUGAGGGUGCUUGCAGCAGAAAUGAAUGUGGCCUUUGACCCCAUGUUCCAGAGCCACCUGAACAAAGCCUUCCGGAAGAUAGGGAAGUUGAUUAGUCCUGGGGCUUCACUCUUUCAACGAUAGGCAGGUCUCUCAGUUCCCUGCCUAGAACCAAUGGUUACAUAAAGCCCUGGUCUGUACAGGCUGUUAGUUUAAUUUCAGGCACAUUUAGAUGCACUACUAGUACUUGUCUACUUUGAGUCAAGGUGUAUUUCUGCGUGAUUGCCUUUUAAACAGUGGUGUACCUACUCUCAGCCUUACCUAACUGUAACACAGAACUGUUCUGUUCUAAAUGGGUUUCCUUAGGCAGGUACUCUGUUGUCAUAGGUCCUUUGUUAUCUGUCCUUGAGCCCUUUU